AGCUGCUCCUCCUCUGCCAUAGUCAGUGUGCGUGUGUGCCGGUCUGUUUGCGGAGUUUCCACCGCAUCCAUCACGCUCCUCUUCACGUCCAGCUCCUCCGGAGGGAUGCAGCAGAUGCAGAUGCAGAUGCAGUCGUGCAGCUCGUGCCCGGGCAGAUGAAUUAAUUGUGGAAAAUAGUUAAAUUCCAGCUCGUUGAAGCGGCAACAAAUCCAAUUAAGCAUAUACACCAUUUAGUGGCGAGUUGUGCAUAAUUGAGUAAUUAAGUUUCAUAGAAAAGGGUUUUUAAAACACCGUCGCCGCACACAGACACGCCGCAGCAACUUGGGCCAAAGGAACAGCGGCAUCAAAAUUGAUUGCUUUCGCAUGGACACGAACUCGGUGAGCCCAUUGCCACCGAUGGAGGAGGCUAUGGACAGGGUCAGCGAGAAGUCACCGCCAGGAACACCCAAUGGCAUUGAGAUGCCACCGCCGCCUGAUGAAAAGCGCUAUGAGGAGGAUCCGGACAAUGCCUGGAACUGCUGCUCGUGGUGCGAGUACUUGCUGAUCGUCAUCCUGUCCACGAUCCUGCUGGUGGGCGUCCUCGUGCUGACCCUCUUCUGGGUGAUGUUCUAUCGCGAUGGCUUCGCCUGGUCGGAGAGUCCCAAGCAGCAGUUCAAUCUCCAUCCCAUCUUGAUGAUUGCCGGCUUCGUGACGCUCUCUGGAUUUUCCAUCUUGAUCUACCGCCUGUGCCGGUGCGUGAAACACAUCUACGUGAAGCUCAUCCACAUGUUCUUCCAUGCCGUGGCCAUUCCGUGCAUCGCCCUCGGUUUCCUCUCCGUCUUUGACUCCCACGAGGCGUUGCAAAAGGUCAACUUCUACAGCCUCCACUCGUGGCUGGGCCUGGUGACAAUGGGCAUGUUUGUGCUCCAGUUCGUGAUUGGCUUCUUCAGCUUUCUGGUGAUGCUGUGCUGUGAGAACAAGACCUACAGCUGCCGCUCCGCCAUGGUGCCCAUCCAUGCCAGUCUGGGUCUGGCCAACUUCUGGCUGGCCAUUGCCACAUCCGUCACGGGAUUAAUUGAGAAGGAGCGUGAGACUGCCAAUGAAACGGGUGUGAGCACGGAGAACAAGCUCGUGGAGCAUUACAUCACCAGUGCCAUUGGCAUUACACUGAUCUUCAUUGGUAUUAUCGUUACCUUUGCCGUGCGGCGGUCCAACGCUCCCGCCUCCGCGAAGGUUUACGUUACCGAGCGCAUUUAGGCCCGUCUUGGGGCUCGUCGGAGUCUCCGUCGCCGGAAUCGGUCCACGGCCAGGACGGAAAGCGAGUCGCAUGUGUAUCCGAGGAUCGUAUGGAGCUCUGCACUGGACCCCGACCCCGAGCCCGACUCCGACAAGGACUCGGGUAGCCGGAUCCAGGUCGUCCUAUCGCCGGGCUUUACGCACAGAGACCACGCUUCUGCAUCUGUAUCCGAACCCUUUGUAACCUUUUAUAUGCCAAAUUAAGUCCUCUCCAUACACUUAGACUCCGCCAAUGGCGCCUAUCAAAAUCUUAACUCACUUUCAAGUUCUCCGUAGACGCAUAGGAUUAGGAAUCUCAGAAAAGAGCCGACCAAGCAAGCAAAUCUAAUCAAAAUUGAAGUGUUCAGCCGAACUUACUGCUGGCGUUCAGCACCCACACGCAUGAUUAUCCAGUUUUUUCGGUACUAUAGUAGAAUUUUGAUAUAAGCCCAUGUUACUAGCGUAAGUGUAUCGUAUCUAUCAGGGGACAGACUCACAGAAAUCGCUGGAGAGAGACGAUUGCGAGGAAGCCAAUCUAGGGGUAUCUUGAGAGCUCCCAAGCCAGAGAUUCGUGUGCGUCCCCUGAAUUAACCUUACCACAUAGCGCAUUAAAUGUACCCACUCGGACUCAAGCUGUCGCAUUUGAUGUUGUUUAUAAUCGUUCAAGUACUUGUAUUUCAUAAUGCGCUAAGCAAUAUAAGCUGUAAACCAAUUUUACAAACAAAUAAUAAACGAUAAUUUGCCCUG